AGCGAUAAUAUCACGAGCAUUAUUACCCGCGGAUGAUUACUCCGCAUCGCUCACAUACGGAGAUUUGUCCUCCUCAUUAAACAGGCAGGGAACGGCGCGGUGCAUGUGAUUAACAACCUGCGCGGCUCUGCCACAACAAACACUCAAAUAUUGACAUGAAAUCCAGCAAUUAGGAGAUUAUCCAGGGGGGCAAAUCCCCAUCGAGAGGAAGCCGGGGGCAUCUUUGUAGGCAUCUCCAGGAGCAUCUUUGGGGACAUCUAUGGGGACAUCUUUGGGCAGUAAGGGAGAGAGCAACAGCAACAGAGGCGCUUCAGCCCUUCUCCUCUUCCAGAUCUCCUCACAUCUCAGACCUGCUCAUCCCUCUGCCCCCCGUCUCUCAGGUGCACUGUUGUCCUCGGACCAUCCGAGGUUGAGAGACACGCUGAUGACGGUACGGAGAGGAGAUAAGGUUCCCAUCAGUAUCCAGGAGCACAUGGCCAUAAACGUUUGCCCCGGACCCAUCCGACCCAUCCAGCAAAUCUCCGACUACUUCCCCAGAUUUACCCCAUGGCCAGAGGGGGCGCCCUCACCCACCGGGCAGCGCCACAACCUCUCCCCCCUGGACAUACCGCACCAAGCAGCCGAACAAGUGGACAACACCGACGACCUGGACGACUAUGACUCUGAUGACGGCACACUGCGACCUACUCUGGAGUUUGAAUUAUUUUAUGACCAGGAGAAAUGUAUCUUACAGUGCGAGAUCCUGAGAGCAAAGGGACUCAAACCGAUGGACUUCAAUGGCCUCGCAGACCCGUAUGUGAAGAUCCACCUACUGCCCGGGGCCUGCAAGGCAAACAAACUGAAGACGCGAAUAGUGAGGAACACGCUGAACCCCGUAUGGAACGAAAAUCUGACUUACUGCGGCAUCACCUCCGAGGACAUGGCCAAAAAGAUACUGAGGAUCUCUGUCUGUGAUGAAGACAAACUGAGUCAUAAUGAGUUUAUUGGAGAAACACGAGUCCCACUGCGGCGGCUGAAGCCGGGAGAGAGAAAACACUUCAACCUCUGCCUGGAACGGCAAAUCCCUUUGGCCUCUCCGUCAUCUAUGUCAGCCGCUCUACGGGGAAUCUCUUGUUACCUAAAAGAGCUGGAGCGCUGUCAGGAGUGGGAACUGGAGGAACGAGGGAGGAUCCUGCUGUCGCUCACAUACUGCACUGAACGUGGCGGGCUGGUGGUGGGCAUCGUGCGUUGCGCUCAUCUUGCUGCUAUGGAUGUCAACGGAUUUUCAGACCCCUACGUCAAAACGUACCUGAAACCAGAUGUGGAAAAAAAGUCCAAGCACAAGACGGCUGUGAAGAAGAAGACCCUGAACCCCGAAUUCAAUGAGGAGUUCUUCUAUAAAAUCGGCCUCCACGAGCUGCAGAAGAGGAGCCUGGAGGUGACCGUGUGGGAUUACGACCUGGGAAAGUCCAACGAUUUCAUAGGAGGUGUCACGCUUGGCACGAACGCCAAAGGGGAGUGUCUCAAACACUGGAUGGAGUGUCUGUCUUCCACCAAUCAGAGGGCUGAACACUGGCACACGCUGACCAACGAGCUUCCAGGAUCCACCUUCACCGACUAAGGAGGGGAGCGGAGAGAGAGAUCCCGGAGAGAGAGCGCGGUCACCCACUUGCACACUCACACCACUCAACGCGUUUUCAUUGUCCAAAGGUGGAAAGUUAACACCGCGGUGGGAUUCAAGAUGGACGCCAGGCGGAAGGGAUUGAAUAUGUCCGUCUACGCCAUAACAAGACGUUACCUGUUUGUUCGUAAGCUGUUGGAGAUGGCGGCGGCGGGGGGCGAAGGACGCCCCUCACACCCAGGAUGUAAAUAUCGAUAGCACAUCCACCACACAAAUCCACGACAAAAUGGCUGCUUUAUGACGACCUCAAUAUAUGAGAAUCUGCGAUCAAAAAACAUCCUGGGAUAAUCCUGCGUCAGACCCAGUCCGAUCUUACCACCGGCGCGGGCUGGAGGGUCCAUGAUGAAUUGUGGUGGGGAAUAUCCCAUCACCUGGCAGUAGGGGGCGAUAGUUUACCUCAGGGUAAACAGUAUAAAUUGGGUUUUAUGUGUGAAUUUACACCUAGGGCUAUAUGGCGACUUUAGUGAUGACGCGCAACGCACGACCUCAUUCACCAGAUGUUGCAGGGAGUAGCUCUAGCCCAGUGGUCUCCAAUCUGCGCCCCCCCCCCCCCCAGAUGUUGUAAAACUACAACUCCCAGCAUGCCCGGACAGCCAACGGCUGUCCGGGCAUCCUGGGAGUUGUAGUUUUGCAACAUCGGGGGGCCGCAGUAUGGAGACUUUGUGAAGGCCGCACACCACGGCAAAAGAUGGACGGAAAACGCGCUAAAACGCAAUUUUCCGCCAUAAAAAAAAAAAAGUAUGAGGGUUAAAGUCGCCAUGAAGCCCUAUCCUACAACAAGUGGAGGCCGCCAUUUUGAAAGCUAAAAUUAUUGAUUUCCCCCAUGACUGUGUCACAAUGGUGGAAUCUAUUCCAUGGCUGAACUGACUCCAAAAUGGGGGAAUAUACGUUUGAACUUUGAUGAAAUGGCGGCCUCUACAGCUUGACUGCCACAAAAUGGCCGAACCCCACUGGGACGACGAUAUCAGCCAUUUUUUUUUUUUUUUGCUUAAGCACCCCCUUCCUGCCUGGUGACUGAGCGCUCAUUCCUCCGUCUUUGCAGCAGAUUAGACGGCGCCUAAUGCGAUUUGUGUCUGUUAAUUGGAUUUAAUUAGGCCGCGCCGUUGUCGGGUCACGUGACAGCUGAGCCCCGCUAAUCUGUAAAGUGAUCCGACGGCUUCUGUCAGGCUAAUGCCAUCGUGUGGGAAUAGUGCCGGGAGAGGGGGGGGGGGGGGGGGGACAAUGGAGGCCUAAUAAAUCUAAUAAAAUGUGGAGCUGUUGCCCAUAGCAACCAAUCAUGGCAGCUCUGAAAAGAAAGCUGCGAUCGGAUCGGUCACCACGGGCAACGGGGACACGUUCGGUCGGAUCUAGUGUCAUCACCACAGCUCUUGUAUGAAUGUCACAUGACACUAUUAACCCUUCGACUCACAGGAGGCAACACAGGCCGUAUAGUCCAGUAUGUCUGGCAACUUGGCGGCCAUUUUUAGAGCUAGGCCGCAAUCCCACAAGUCUAAACCCACGUGAUUGCGCCAAUUUGAUGCAAGAUAAACCAUGACUAUGCAGGAGUGGACACAGCCAUAUGACCCGGGGCACAACUAUUGUGAACAUGUAAUCUCACCAGUGUUUGCGGUAAAAGCCUCCAUUAUCGACCCACUCGAUCAUAUAGUGGAUCAAUUCGCUUCUCUCUAGGAUAAUAGCUCCAUGAUGACCAAUUAGAUAACAGGGACUGGCCGCGGUGAAGACGGAGAUAAAUAUAACUAGGCCUCGUGUAUCCGAACCAGUGCGGAUAAAACAUGGAGGAGCUGUGGGUAACUAUGGUUGCUAUGGGCAUUGUCCUUAGCAACCAAUCAGAUCCUCAGUUUUCUUUUUUCUGCAGUGAAGGGUCGAUAAGGAAAGAAGCGAUCUGAUUGGUCGUCACACAUCAGGACUGGACGCGAUCGCAGGAAGUGCGUUUCCGAUACCCGGCGCACGACUAUGCACACACCCGUCUCUCUGGGCUAUGCACACAUCUCACACCUUCACUAUUUGCACGUUUUUUGGGUUUCUUUUUUCCAAUGUUUUGUGACUUCUUGUUUUGUACGUUGGGGGAGGGGACGUGUGUGAUUUGUUUUGUACACCGGGGGUGGGGUAAG